AUGGGUCAAUUACCAGCCCUCGCCUUCGCCAAAACCACCGCCGCCGCCUUUACCACCCCCGUAACCGCCGCCCUUGCCGCCCCCGGCACCGGCACCGGCACCAGCACCGCCGCCAACACCCCCGCCAGCACCACCGCCACCACCCUCACCACCCCCGGCGCCAGCACCCUCCCCAGCGCCAGCACCUCCGCCGGCACCUCCACCGACACCCCAACCUCCGCCAGCACCAAAGCCGCCGCCGCCGCCGAAACCACCACCGCCGCCUCCUCCCUUACCACCCCCAUGACCACCACCAGCGCCGCCGCCAGCGCCACCUCCCUUUCCUCCGCCGAGCCCACCACCUCCGCCAGCACCGAAGCCGCCGCCGCCACCGCCGCCAAGACUGACAUCUCCGCUUGA